AUAAAAUCAAUGUAUUAGCAUUCUGCUUAAUAUCAAGACUUUCUAUAUCAACCAUAACUUUAAUAAAAAAAUGAACCUUAAAAAAAUAAAUAUGAUAUCGACUAAUCAAAUACAAAGACCAUUCAAAAUUAAAAUUAUUAGUACCAAGAAUUACCAAAUGUUAUGAAUAAAUAAAAUCAAUAGCCUUUUGGAUAAUUUGAACCGAUGAAUUUUAACUAAAAUCAAUAAUUCUCUCUUUAAAAUAUUUCUUAUAGAAAUACAAGAGAUUAGCAAAUUGAAGAUCUUAAAUAUUGUGCUUAAAUAGCCAUUUAGAGAAGAAAAGAAAGAAUGUGGUAAAAAUACAUAUAGCCUAAUUAAAAUAACAAUGAAGAAUAUUUCAAAUGA